UGAGGUCUCGCGGGGUUUGGGAGGGAAGAUCUCGCGGGAGGACAAGUUGAGGGAACAUGGCAUCUAAUCUUUUGAAGAAUAAAGGUUCCCUUCAAUUUGAGGACAAAUGGGAUUCCAUGCGGCCCAUAGUUUUGAAGCUGUUAAGACAAGAAUCUGUCACAAAGCAGCAAUGGUUUGACUUGUUUUCGGAUGUGCAUGCAGUUUGCCUGUGGGAUGACAAAGGCCCUGCAAAAAUUCAUCAGGCAUUAAAAGAAGAUAUCCUUGAUUUUAUAAAACAAGCUCAAGCAAGAGUACUAAGCCAUCAAGAUGACACGGCUUUACUUAAAGCAUAUAUUGUGGAAUGGCGGAAGUUUUUCACUCAGUGCGACAUCUUACCUAAACCCUUCUGUCAGCUAGAGAUUACUUUAAUGGGCAAGCAAGGCAGCAACAAGAAAUCCAAUGUAGAAGACAGUAUUGUGCGAAAGUUAAUGCUGGAUACCUGGAAUGAGUCUAUCUUCUCAAAUAUAAAAAAUCGUCUUCAGGACAGUGCGAUGAAGCUUGUGCACGCUGAGCGUUUAGGAGAGGCAUUUGAUUCACAGCUUGUUAUUGGAGUUAGAGAGUCUUAUGUUAACCUGUGUUCGAAUCCUGAAGACAAGCUCCAGAUAUAUCGUGAUAAUUUUGAAAAAGCUUAUCUAGAUUCAACAGAGAGGUUUUAUCGAACCCAAGCUCCAUCUUACUUGCAGCAGAAUGGUGUUCAAAAUUAUAUGAAAUACGCAGACGCCAAACUAAAGGAAGAAGAAAAGAGAGCCCUUCGAUAUUUAGAGACAAGGCGGGAGUGUAACUCCGUGCAGGCGUUGAUGGAGUGCUGUGUAAAUGCUCUUGUGACAUCCUUCAAAGAGACUAUAUUAGCGGAAUGCCAAGGAAUGAUCAAGCGCAACGAAACCGAAAAGUUGCACUUAAUGUUCUCUCUAAUGGAUAAAGUUCCUAAUGGAAUUGAGCCAAUGUUAAAAGAUUUGGAAGAGCACAUUGUCAGUGCUGGAUUAGCGGACAUGGUAGCAGCUGCAGAAACCAUUACUACUGAUUCUGAGAAAUAUGUUGAGCAAUUGCUGACCUUGUUUAACAGAUUUAGUAAGCUUGUUAAGGAGGCUUUUCAGGAUGAUCCAAGAUUCCUUACAGCACGUGAUAAGGCAUACAAGGCUGUUGUGAACGAUGCAACAAUAUUUAAACUUGAGUUGCCUCUGAAGCAGAAAGGGGUGGGGCUAAAAACACAGCCCGAGUCCAAGUGUCCUGAACUGCUUGCUAACUACUGUGACAUGCUGUUAAGAAAAACUCCACUCAGUAAAAAGCUUACUUCUGAAGAAAUCGAAGCCAAAUUGAAGGAAGUAUUGCUGGUGCUGAAGUAUGUACAGAACAAAGAUGUGUUCAUGAGAUAUCAUAAGGCUCACCUUACAAGGCGUCUUAUUCUAGACAUCUCUGCUGACAGUGAGAUUGAAGAAAACAUGGUGGAGUGGCUGAGGGAAGUGGGGAUGCCUGCAGAUUAUGUUAACAAACUUGCCAGAAUGUUCCAAGACAUUAAAGUAUCUGAAGAUUUAAACCAGGCUUUCAAAGAAAUGCAUAAAAACAAUAAAUUGGCCUUGCCAGACAGGCCAGCAGCAUAUUUCUUUGCUGGCUCCCUGUGGCCAAGAAAGCUGAAUGCCGAUUCUGUGAAUAUUAAAAUUUUAAAUGCUGGAGCGUGGUCACGCAGCUCUGAAAAGGUUUUUGUAUCCCUUCCUACUGAGCUUGAAGAUCUCAUUCCUGAAGUAGAAGAAUUUUACAAGAAAAACCAUAGUGGUAGAAAGCUACAUUGGCACCAUCUCAUGUCCAACGGCAUUAUCACAUUUAAGAAUGAGGUUGGUCAGUAUGACUUGGAGGUGACCACUUUCCAGCUGGCAGUGUUGUUUGCUUGGAACCAGAGGCCCAAGGAGAAAAUCACCUUUGAAAAUCUUAAACUAGCGACAGAACUACCAGAUGCAGAACUGAGAAGGACCCUUUGGUCUCUUGUAGCCUUUCCAAAGCUAAAACGGCAAGUCUUAUCAUAUGAACCAUCAGUGAACUCCCCGAAAGACUUCACAGACAGUACUCUCUUCUCUGUGAACCAGGAGUUCAGCUUAAUAAAAAAUUCUAAAGUUCAGAAAAGAGGGAAAAUAAACUUAAUAGGACGCUUGCAGCUGACCACUGAGAGGAUGCGGGAGGAAGAAAAUGAAGGCAUUGUGCAGCUGAGAAUAUUAAGAACGCAGGAGGCUAUCAUUCAGAUAAUGAAGAUGAGAAAGAAAAUCACAAACGCCCAGCUUCAAACCGAACUUGUAGAAAUUUUGAAAAACAUGUUCUUGCCCCAAAAGAAAAUGAUAAAAGAGCAGAUUGAGUGGCUUAUAGAACACAAAUAUAUACGAAGAGAUGAGUCUGAUAUCAACACGUUCAUAUACAUGGCAUAAAUCAGAGACCCCAACCAGCGAAACCGAAAGCAUGAAAUGAGUGCUUGGAGCAGGCCACCUCAGAUAUUUAUGCCGAAAGCGAACUCUUACAGACUUUUAUAUUGCAUAAAUAUUGCAGUCCCUGCCUUACCUUUACCUAAAGACUAAAGUAUUUUUGCCAAUCUGCCAGCAUGACAGCAUCUCCUCCAUGUUGCUUUUAUCAGCAUGCUGUUUUAAUGGAAACACAUUUUUUUGAAGAACUAUUGUUAGGUUGUUUUUUUUUAGUUUGGUUCUUUUUUUUUUUUUUUGGUCUUGACGGAAACAGUGUUUUGGGUUUUCCCCAUUAAGUUCUGACAUUUCACAGUGUAAUCACAAUCUGGUCUUUUAAGGACCUAUUGUGACAUGGAAUGUCAUACUAAUUUAAGCUGCUAGUAAUAAUGGGAAUACCCUAUCAGGACACCGGAAGGUCUUUAAGGCUUACAUUUUGGUGUCUGUAUGGAACACCAUUGGUCCGUAUGAGAUCUAGAUGUACCUGUCAUGCAGAAAUGAAACGGGUGCACAGAAAACUUUUAAUCUUUACAUGAGGCCUGACACCUUUCUAGCAGCUGAAUAGAUCACUUUUUUUUGUUAAAAGAUUUUCUUUUUAAAUUUUUUUUUUUUUUUUUUAUUAAAUCUAUAUCAUCAUGAUUUCUAUGACGAUGGCGUAACUGGCUCAACAGCAGCUGUACUAGUGAGUGGCUUGCAUGCUCACCCCAGAGCAGGGCACAGUGUAAGCCCACAGUGGAUUGCACAAAAUACAUCUUAAGUUUACUUUUUGAUCUCUCUGUUUGCGAGAACCAUAGUUACCACAGUGUGCGGAUUGAACUCUCCAAGCUUUUUCAAUCCAAGUUAUCUGUAAAUGAUUGAUGCAAAUGCAUUUUAGCCAUGGGCAGGGGGGUUUCACGUUUCCACGCAAUGGUGAAGUCUGCUCUUUGUGUAGUUUUGUUUUAAAAGGAAAAAAAUGGACACCUAAGAAAAGACACUAUCACGUUGAGUAUUGGUGUUGAUUUCACAUCAGCUCUCAAUCCUUCAUAUGUAAAUGUUGUGAAUCUUUUAUGCAUAUCAUAAUUAGAGGUUUGUGACAGUAAACAUGUUGACCACAAGUAUGUUUUCCAUACGUUCAUUGUAAAACAUUCAAAAAGAUAACGCAAGCCCGUUGGAAAACAGCACUUUUCUUUUUUUUUAAUUAACCGAUCCCGUCCAACCUUUCUUCCUCUCUCUGCCCCCUGCCAAAAUAGUCUAUUCUGCAAAUUACUGGUUUGCUUUAUAAAAGAUUAAGAAUUUUUUUUUCAUUAUAUAAACACUGAGAUUGUUUUGAGUUUAAGUAACCUUUUAAUUUUAUGACUUCUACUUCAUUUUGGAUAUUACAAGGGUUUUGAUCACCUAAAUACUGUUUGUGUAAAUGUAUAACAGUCCUACAGUGUACUGGCAAAAUAAGAAAUGGCUUUUUUAAUAUAUAUUUGUCCCUUUUUGUAACAUUGGUUUGUUAAACUAUUUUAAUUUCAGUUUGCACAUUUUGCUGCAUGAAUAUUCAGGGAGGCCGACCCAAGAGAUUUAAUGUCAAAUUAAAUCUAUUGCCAGCAUAAGCACUGUUUAGGUGACUAUCUCUUUAAUAUUUUCCAGUUGAAAAUAAUACAUUAUUGUUUUGUGCGUCUAGAUACAAUUUCAUAUGAAAUCCUCAUACCCCAUAUCCUUAAGGAGCUGGGUAUAAAAACAAACACAGAGUUAAAUGGUCCAUUUCAUACACCCAUAUGCUGCACCUUUAUGAAAAAAAAAUAUUUUUACUUUUUUCAUUAGUCAUUUUAGAAGUGAUGCUACAAUACACAGCAAACGCCUUUUAUACAACGGGGACUGCCAUCACAAAGAAACUGUGUUUAUAUGUAUGUAUGUGUUCUAUGUACAUAUAGCAUAUAUAUUAAUAUAUAGAUCUAUACACGUGUGUAUUUAUCUAUACAUAUACUUGCGCGCGCACACACACAAAUAUAUGUAUACAUAUAAACACAUACUGUGUGUAUAUCUGUGUGUAUGUGUAUAUACAUAUAUGUGUAGAUAUUUUAUGUACAUAAUGUAUUCAUAUUGAAAAGUCAACACGGCGCUCUUUAAAUAUAUAUUAAUAAAUUAAAUCUGUGUGCACUUUUAUUUUUGCUGUUUGCACGUAAAUCUCACACAACUAACAAAACUUGUUUAUACGUUACUAGAACUGGUUUGUCUAUCCUUGGUCUGUUGGUUGAUUUUAGACUAUAUUUUUUAGAAUCACCAGCUACUUACUGUAUUCUGUAUAUUGCAGUCCAGAAGCUGCUUGCGAAAACAAUUCGAGAUAUUUACGGUGAUGGAUUGUUGUGUAGCAAAGUUGAUUGGACGCCACCUCCUAGCUGUUUAAGGGACAGCGCUUCAU